ACUAAUUAAAUAAUAAUAAGCUGGUAAAAUUAAAAUACUAAGAAGCUUUAAAGUUAAAAAAACUUAACUAUGCCAAAUUAAUGGUAUGAAAAUUAUCAGAAAUUUAUUGUAUUAUAGAACUCGACAUAUUUAUUUUCUAAACAUAAUUUAUUUAAUGAAUACAAAGAAUAGUUUAUCAGUGUAUGUAUUGUCAUGGACGCGCUUUGGAAUGACUUUCAAUCAUCCAACCUAUUUAUGGUGAUCUCAUUGUAUAGUUGAUUCUUCAUUGUUUAUACAUUUUGAUAUACCCACAGACCCGUAACAGCUGACUUACUGAAGAUUAGUUCUUUCAGACUUAAUCUUUGAGUUUAUGGUCAAAGAAACAAAGUGAUUAAGUUGUCACGUACGUUUUUUUUUCUUGGAAAGAAAAAGUAAUCAAGAAGAAGAUGUCACACUUAUUAAUUAUUUUGCUAGUACAUUUGAAAUUCCUUUGCAAUUGCUUGUAAUUUUCAUAAACAAUUUAAAAUGUUUAGAGUUAUGCUAUAACCUUCUAUACAUUUUCAAAGUAUACGACAACUUAGAUCUAUAUAAAAGGCCACCAAAAGUCAUAAUUUUGCAUUCAGUUUCCAAAAGAAAAAAGAAAAGAAACAAUGAAAGGUUACAUUAUUGCUCUUAUAGUAUGUGCCUGCGUCGCUAUAAUCGCGGUUGUUCUUAUCUUAUGUUGUCUUCAAAACCGCAAAAAGAAAAAAACGUGGUCUCCUCCACCGCGUCCGCCGGUAAAAGACGUUGAAAAAGGUAGAAGCAGUGUCGCAAGAGAUGGAGGGCUUGUUGUUUUGACAGGCACCGCUGUCACCACAGCCGUUGUAGCUACGGCUGUAACCACCGGAACCGCCGAUGAAAUUAGUGGUGGUGGAGGAGGCGGGGAAGGCGGAGGAGAAUGUGAUGGUGGUGGAGAUGGUGGAGGAGGAUGUGGAGGUUGCGGUGGUUGCGGUGGUUGCGGCGGUUGUGGCGGGUGUGGAGGUUAAAGGCUGUAUAGUUAUUAGUGACGUAAUAGUGAAUUUGCAUGCAAGGUUUUAAAUUGUGAAUGUAAGGUUUUAAGUGUGAUCUCCUUAAUGAGAUAAAAAAAUUGUAAUCAUAAUUAAUGGGAUUGUAAUAAGGUGAAUAUAACCAUUAUAUAUGUAAUCUAAAUUUUAUGGUUUUCUAGAUAAUUUUUU